GUGCUGAAGAGCCCGCUCCGUAAGGCAACAGCAUCCACUUCCUUCAGCUGCAGCCCGUGUACCCCCAAGCUUUCCCCCUCCCCUCCCAAGGCCCCACUGAAGUUCCCCGCCGGGCCGACUCCGGCUCCGGCUCAGCACAGCACCAUGCCCCGCUCCUUCUUGGUGAAGAAGAUCAAAGCAGAUGCCUUCCAGUGUAGCAGCGUCCCAGCUCCCAGCUACCACCCCCUGGGAUCCGCAUAUGUGCUGCCGGGCUCCAGGGGGGCAGCCGGCCCUGCCGGGGACAGCGGCUAUGCUCCACACUGCCUUCCGCCCCCCAGCUAUGACAGCGAAAAGAAACCGGGGCUGGAACUGGCGCCGUCGGAAGCUGCGUAUCCACCAGCUACUGAGGAGUACAGCGACCCCGAGAGCCCGCAGUCGAGCCUGUCGGCGCGCUACUUUCGAGGAGAGGCAGCGGUGACGGACAGCUACUCCAUGGAUGCCUUUUUCAUCUCCGACGGGCGCUCCCGGAGGCGCGGAGCUGGGGAUGCCCGGGGGGCAGGGGGCGGGAACGGUCCUGGGGGAACUGGGGGUGGAAGCGGGGGGCACCGACACUCGUGCGGUGAAUGCGGCAAGACGUACGCCACGUCGUCCAACCUAAGCCGGCACAAGCAGACGCACCGCAGCCUGGACAGCAAGCUUGCGCGCAAAUGUCCGACGUGCGGCAAGGCCUACGUAUCCAUGCCGGCUCUGGCCAUGCAUGUGCUCACGCACAAUUUGCGCCACAAAUGCGGUGUCUGCGGCAAGGCGUUCUCCCGACCCUGGCUGCUGCAGGGCCACAUGCGCUCGCACACGGGCGAGAAGCCCUUCGGCUGCUCGCACUGUGGCAAAGCGUUCGCCGACCGCUCUAACCUGAGAGCGCACAUGCAAACGCACUCGGCCUUCAAGCACUAUAAGUGCCGCCAGUGCGAGAAGACCUUCGCGCUUAAGUCCUACCUCAACAAGCACUGCGAAGCCGCCUGCUUCAAAGGCGCUGAGCAUGCUUGCACCGCCUCCACCGCUACUCUGGACAACUAAUUCAACCCCUCCCUCUCUGGCCAGGCCCUUCCCCAUCUCCUCUCCUAAUGCCCUUUCUCAGCCCAGUCCCAGGUCCGCUACCGUUCAGUUCAAACUCCGCCCUUUCUACAUCCCUAAUUCUAUCCUCUUCCCAUUAUAAACCCGGCCCAGCCACCUCACCCCAUCCCACUCUAGCUCAGCCUAAGUACCGCUCAUUAGCAUAAAUUACAUCCCUUUCCCCAUCCAAGGUCUGGCCCAUCUCUCCCUGCCCUACUUCUCCCUUUACAAUCCAGGGACUGCCUAGUCUAAGGAUUUCAUGUCUUUUCCCCCAGGCCCACUUACACCCAAACCGAACCUCUGAAGCUCAGUCCCCAUGAGCCCCAAGCCCUCUCCAGUAAUACACUCUUCCUUUCCUGGCUAGGACCCACUUUCCCCUCCCAGGCAUUCUCCCCUCAUCUGCCCCGACAUCCCUUUCCAUCUCCUCCUCCUUCUUCGUUACUAGUCCCCCUCUCCCACCUUCUUCUUACUGCCAUCCCCCACUUCCCCCAGGUGGCCUCAGGAGGUGAACCUCAGAGCAGAAUGGGCCCUUGGGGCACGGGGACUCAGAACUCUGCUGCUCCCUCCUGCUCCUCCCCCCCCCCCCCCCGCCACCAGCUCAGGGAAAGGGCAGGUUCCCUUCCCCAGUUGUGGGUCCUCUUUCCCACUCUCCUCUCUCCUGUUCUGUCUUCCUUCCUCUCUGAGCACUUUCCCACUCCCCAGA